CCGGAAGCAUUAUUCUGCGUGACUCGCGUUGACUUCACACGCGUUAGCCAGCUGGAUGGGAGAAAAGGGAGUCGGGCAAACACAAACAUGAACAAGCUGAAGUCCUCACAGAAGGAUAAAGUUCGUCAGUUCAUGAUCUUCACACAAUCCAAUGAGAAGACUGCGCUGGCCUGCCUGUCACAGAAUGACUGGAAAUUAGAUGUUGCCACUGACAACUUUUUCCAAAAUCCAGAGCUCUAUGUUUCAAACCUCAAGGGAGCCCUAGACAAGAAGAAGCUUGAGCAGCUCUACAAUAGAUACAGAGAUCCUCAAGAUGACAACAAGAUAGGCAUCGACGGGAUCCAGCAGUUCUGCGAUGACCUGGGUUUGGACCCGGCCAGUAUAAGUGUGCUCCUCAUAGCCUGGAAGUUUCGGGCAGCGACACAGUGCGAGUUCUCCAAACAGGAGUUCAUGGAUGGCAUGACAGAGCAGGGGUGUGACAGUAUAGAGAAACUAAAGGCUCAACUACCAAAAAUGGAGCAGGAGUUAAAGGACCAAGGAAAAUUUAAGGAUUUUUACCAGUUUACAUUUAAUUUUGCUAAGAAUCCUGGUCAGAAGGGUUUGGACCUAGAAAUGGCAAUCGCAUAUUGGAAUUUAGUACUGGCUGGAAGGUUCAAGUUCCUGGACCUGUGGAACAAAUUUUUAGUUGAACACCAUAAAAGAUCAAUUCCCAAGGACACAUGGAACCUCUUGUUAGACUUCAGCACAAUGAUCACAGAUGACAUGUCAAAUUACGACGAGGAAGGAGCAUGGCCAGUCCUUAUUGAUGACUUUGUGGAGUUUGCACGGCCACACAUUGGGACCAAAAGCACGGCUGUGUAAUGGCUGGCCGUGCUCAAUGAACAUCCAUAUGAGGUUUCAACAUCCACGAAAACACAGCAGUGGUGGUGAGAGGAGAGCAGGGGGACCGCACUGAGCUGAGAUCUAUGUUGCCUUUUCAACCCUCAGGACUGAGAUGUUUUACACAAUAGAGACUUUAUAUAUAUAUAAAUGUGUAAAUAUAUAUAUAUAUAAAUAUAUAUAUAUAUAUAUAAAAGGCAUAUCUCUUCGUCGGUCGACUUGUGGUGGUUUUGGGGCUUUUAUCUUUAAAUAUUGGGCGUUCUGUUUGUACUCAAGCCAGCUGGAGAUGGGUUACCACCUUGGACCAUGCAGCUCUUGUCCCAGUGUUUAGUUGAUGUGGUUGGGCUUUGCUGAGAAGCACCUAGAUAGACUUACUUUUGAAUCAUAACCUGAACACAAGGGUCCAUGAGGGAAUGUCCUUCUUUAAAAUAUUGAACUGAAUUUUAAUACUUUUGUGUGCAUUCCUGCUAUGAUUUUUUUUUGUUUUGUUUUUUGUUUUGUUUUAUGGAACAUUUGUGUGACAGAUCAGUAUGAAACAUUGAUUGUAAUAUUUUUUUUUUGUUCUGUUUUAAGCAUAAUGCUGUUCCAUACACACAAAUGUAUAAAGAUAAAAUAAAUGUUUCAAUUUGGUAUCUCUU